AUGGAUCGAUUGAUCGGUGUUGCUGCUGCUGCUAGUGCUGCUGCUGCUAGUGCUGCUGCUGGUAUUGACCCUGUGAGCAGCUAUUUCCGUUGUGAGUACGGAGCGACAGACGUGAGUUUCAGAGUUGCAACCACCAGCACUGUCCUAUGUAUCGCUAUCGCUGCUGCUGCUGCCGAUAGGUUGGAGGUAGGCGAGAUGGAUCCCUCAAGCUGCAACGGUUGGACGUCGAAUGCAGCGGGAUAA